AUUUCCAAUCUGGGCAUGUAUGGCAUCAAGCAUUUUUCAGCUAUCAUUAACCCUCCUCAAGCCUGCAUUCUGGCUGUGGGUGGCUCAGAAAAGAGACUGCUGCCUGCAGACAACGAAAAAGGGUUUGAUGUGGCAAGCAUGAUGUCUGUGACUCUGAGCUGUGAUCACCGGGUGGUAGAUGGCGCUGUUGGUGCACAGUGGCUGGCCGAGUUCCGCAAGUUCCUGGAUAAACCGUUCACCAUGCUCCUGUGAGCAGGACGUUUAAAGGCUCCUGGCCCAAAAAAAAAAAAAAAACAGUGGACUUUAAGAUUUGGAGAGGUCUCUCUCAUUGGUUAUAUGCUUACCCUGGGAAUUAUAACAGGUGGUUCUCUCCCUCUUUUUUAUUUUCCUUAUCACUCACAUACUCCCUUUCAUAUACUGUAUUUUCAACAUUGCUUCCUAAAGCCUGAAGUAACCUCUCAACCCAAAGUCGUAAGUCAUUGUUAAGGUCAUUUUCUGUAGUUUCAGAGGAUAAUGCUGGAUAAUGCAAGGGUUUUCAUCUUCCUUCAGGAUAUUGUUACAAGCACCGUAAGUCUGUGUUUGCCAUUAGAUCAAAGAAUAAUGUCUGUGUCCAUGGCCAAGUCUCAUGGUCUGUACCUGCAAGCUUUGACUUGUUUCCAUGUAUCAAUGACACAUUCAUGGCACAAUAUGAGUAUCCUUAAUGUACAAGAAAAAGAAGAAAAGAUCUGGAGAUGUGUGUGCCAAAUAUUGUCUGACUACAAUUGAAAUUGAUUUAUGACACAUUAUUCAGUGCAUAGGUUUAUUUUCUGUAUUGCUGCAUAGUAGUCAUACAUUUGGACUGUCACUCCCUGAGUUAAAUAUGUGACGUAUUCAUGAUGGUUGUUCCACUGAGACUGUGUGAGGAUGCUUCACAGCGUCUUGGUAUGUGGGCAGAGUUUUGAUAUUGGCAAUUGUAUUUGUUACAUCUCUCACUCCAGACAAAGCACGUUAGUGCCUUUGCUCCUGUUUAUAGCAUUUUGGUGUUUCUUUUUAAAUGGUGGUUAUAUUUUCAAGUCAUUCUUUAAUGAAUAACGCACAAUUCAUGGGGUGAACUGCUGUUAUAAAUAAACCUAUGGAGAAACAAAAGAAAGGUUCCCAAAUGGAAUAAAA